UCACUGGGCAGUAUUACAUUACAGCGAUUCGAUUUGGACAAGUUGUCGGUAUCGUUACAAAAUCAUAACUCAGAAACUCGUGGUACUUUUUAGCUACAUACAUAUAUGUAAGCGGUAUAUGUGCAUCACUUUUGUAACACAAAUUUAACGUUAACAAUAAGCAAUGCUUUUUGCGAACUGUUCGCGAACGUUAGUGAAAACACACCUUAACAGAUGACAAAGGAGAAAGAGGUACUUAUACCGUUGAACCCCGCGUUCACCGCGUUGCAGCCUAUUCCCGCCUAUCGUGGAAGCAGGUUUUUAUAUUGUAGCAAUCACGCAGAAUGGGAUUUUCUGUGAACAGAUUUCAAGGCGAAGUUGACCAGGAACUUAUUUGUGUGAUAUGCUCAGGUGUACUGGAGGAUCCCAUCCAGAUACCGGAAUGUGAGCAUACUUUUUGUCGAACAUGCAUUAAAGAAUGGAUGAAGAGACAAGCCACUUGUCCCAUAGAUCAUACGCCAAUCACCUCCGAACAGCUCAGAGCAGCUCCACGAAUUUUAAGGAAUAUGUUAACGCGUCUUUGCAUUAGUUGCGACAAUAUAAUGUACGGAUGUCAAGCAAUAGUGAAGCUCGAUAGUCUUGUAUCGCAUCUGGAACAAUGUGAAUACAAUCUUGAAAGACCUAUGCUUUGCAAUCAAGGAUGUAAUCUUGUUAUUCCCAAGAAUGAAUUUAAGGAUCAUAAUUGUGUGAGAGAACUCAGGAACAUCAUAAACAGUCGAGAGCAAAAGUUUGUAGAUAUAAAACAUGAGAUGGGCGAACAACAACUGCAAAUAGUGAAGAACGAGCAGGAACUACAACACAUAAAAAAUUUGCUCAAAAUUAAAUUAGAAGAUUAUAUACGAAAGGCUUCGUAUUUAAGAAACAAUUGUGGCGGUCAACAACUGCAAAUAGUCGAAAACAAACAGGAUUUACAGCGUAUAAAAGAUUUGUAUAGGAUCGAAUUAGAAGAUUUCCUACAUAAAAGCUAUGAAUAAUAGAAGAAGUUGUUGGUUGAUACAAUGAUCCAAAAUUAACAUUCUCUUCUUCAUCGAAUGUCGCCAUUGUGGGCGGCAGCAUCUUCAUGAUGGAACCACAUCCGAAAUCUGGAAGCGAGGGAAACGUCUUCUGAACAAUUUUGCAGUUCUUCGUUUGGAAAAUUGUUAUACCUUUUUGUUUUCUUU